AUGGACCCAAAGAGACUACAUGAAUUUUCAUUGCAAAACAACUGCAUUUUUUAUGGUACAAAAAUUGUAAUACCUAAGAAAUUACAACCACAGGUCUUAGAAGAACUGCAUACAGCUCAUACAGGUAUUGUAAAGAUGAAGGCAUUAGCUAGGAGUUAUAAAAAUCCUGUAAAAGUAUCAGUACAUUGCUGGGAAUAUCCUAAAGAGCAAUGGAGUCGAAUUCACAUAGACUAUGUCGGACCAUUCAUGAAUCAAUAUUUCCUGGUUGUUGUAGAUGCUUACACAAAGUGGCUAGAAGUCAUACCAACUACAUCCAUCACAGUUACAUCAACGAUAAACAUACUCAAAAAAUUAUAUGUCACAUUCGGGCUACCUAUCACCCAAGUUUCAGACAAUGGUAGACAGUUCAAAUCAGAAGAAAUGCUAAGAUUUUUGAAGAAAAAUGGGAUUCAAGCAAAGUUCACUGCACCUUUUCAUUCAUCCACAAAUGGGCAAGCAGAGAGAUAUGUACAAACUUUCAAAAAUAAACUCAAAGCAAUGACUAAUGAAGAAGGAUUGCUACAAGACAAACUUCAUAAAUUCCAGAUGAUGUACAGGAAGACACCAAAUAGUGCGACGGGUUUGAGUCCUGGAGAGAUGAUGUUCAAGAGAUUAUAUAGAACAAGGAUUGACUUAGUAAGAAGAGGAGAAGAAAAACAAAAAGAAUGCAAGAAUGAUGAUCUGCUAAUAAGAAAAGAAUUUAACAGAGGAGAUAGAAGGUCACCGACACAAAAUCAACCGGAAACAAAAGAAACUGUGCAACUUAGCCCAGAAGAGGCGAGAGAUACAUUACCUGGACCAAGUCCGGUCGCAAGAAGAUCUAUCACUCCUACUCCUGAAGAGCAACAGAAAUCUAUGGAACCUACCCUACCUAGGGAAGCUGCAGACCUAACUCCGGAGACUGCGUCACGUCGUUCACAGAGAAUUAGAAGAGCCUGA